CAUCACAUCUAAACAUUUAACUCUGUACUGAACCUUAGUUUGACCUAGAGCCAGAAAACACGUCCUCCCUCACUGGGAACUCAAGACUGGCCCCCGCAGACACAGACAUACCAGUCAAACACACACACACACACACACACACACACACACACACACACACACACAUCUGGAUGCCAUCAGCAGAGGAGGCGAGUCGACACCGGCAGUGCUGAGAUCAGAUAACACAAACAGGCUGCUGAAGCUCACAGCGCUAAUACUACAUUCACUACCACAACCAAUACUACAAUACCACCAAUACCCACUACUAUCCCAGUACUGCUACAGUACAAAAAAACACAGGACUGUUUGAGGAAGAGGAAGAGAGCUGCUGCUGUCAAGAGAAUCAGAGAAACUCAGAGAUAGAAAGAAAAGACGUGUUGGAGGAGCAGGACGAAGAAACACAGGACAAGAAGAAGAAUUUAAGGAAAAGACAAAGAUGAAGUUGUUUUUUGGGACUUUGGUCUUUGUCUCUCUGCUGUCCACCAUCUGCAGCGUCUCCUCGUCUUCUCGCCCUGCAGAUAAUUGUUCCAGCAUGUCAGUCCGUCUUCGGGCUUUCAAGCUGAAGGUGAACUGUACCUUCACGACCCUGAAGGAGCGGCAGCUGAAGGAGAUCCAGGCUCCGACCACCAACCUGUACUUGCCGGUCCUGUACCUGCUGGCCUUCGCGGUGGGUCUUCCCUCAAACCUGCUGGCUCUGUGGGUCCUGCUGUUCCGGACCAAACCCCUGCCGUCCACCACGCUGCUCAUCAACCUCACCGCCGCCGACUGCCUGCUGCUCCUGGCGCUGCCGUUCCGCAUCGUGUACCACUUCAGAGGGAACAACUGGGAGCUGGGUGAGCCCUUCUGCCGUGUCGUCAUGGCAAUGUUCUACGGGAACAUGUACGGGUCCGUGCUGUGUCUGGCGCUGAUAGCUCUGGACCGCUACAUUGCUUUGGUUCACCCGUUCAGUGCCAAGACGCUGCGUAGCCGGCGGAUCUCUCUGUACAUGACGGCGGCGGUGUGGACAGUGGUGCUGGCCGCCAUGCUGCCGCUGCUGGUGUCGCAGCAGACCUACAUGCUGGAUGAGCUGCAGAUCACCACCUGCCACGACGCGCUGCCUGAAGAGGAGCAGGAGAACUACUUUUUGCCGUACUUCGCCACCUUGUUCACCUUCUGCUUCUUGCUGCCGUUCCUGGUUAUACUGUUCUGCCACGGCGCCGUGCUGCACACCCUGCUGGCCGAGGGGAAGCGUUACGGUCACGCCGCGCGGGUGACGGUGCUGGUGCUGCUGGUGUUCAUUGUGUGUCUGCUGCCCAGCAACAUCCUCCUCCUCCUCACCUACAUGGACAGCUCGCUGGACGGAAACGGCGAGGACGUCUACGUCCCCUACAUGAUUAGCUUAGCCGUCAGCACCUUCAACAGCUGCAUAGACCCAUUCAUCUUCUACUUCGUGUCGGUGGAGUUCAGGGAGAAGGCCACGAGAGCGCUGUGCUGCUGCGACCCCGAAGACAAACAGUCGACUCUGGGGAACAACGUGUCGUACACUUCAUCGGGCCUGAAGUCAAAGGUCACCGCGUCCAGUCAGUGUGAGUCAUCUGAGACAGAAUGAGGAGGCAUCACCGAGUACAUUUACAUGCACGAAACAGUGCACGAAACACUGCCCUUAUUCCCCAAAAAGACAAUAUUCCCCAAAAACACCAUAUUCCUGCAAAGCUGCUUAAAUUUGUAAUGAAUAUUCCACCAACGCUCCUGUUUACGUGCAGCCGUGCAUUCUCCAAUAAUGUGUCCUAACCACAGACUGCAAAGAUGGACGACGUGUCAGCUCCCCCACCGUGUAACUUCAGUGUGUGUCGCCCCCUGCUGUCUGACUGCAGUAUAGGUCAUAAAGCCCGCCCCUCUAAACUAAAAACUGAAAGUACACGCCAAAUAAAU